AUAGGGGCAUGGGGCAGGGCUAGCUGGAGGCAGGGAGUGACACGGGCUGGCUGUGGGCAGAAAUGAGCAUGGAAGCUGGAAAGUCAUCUCCUGAAUAAUUCCUGAAGUGUUUCAGAUCAUCCACUUGCCAAACACAGUACACAUACUGUGGGGGACAGGAAAGGGCAUCUGGAAGAAGAGAGUGUCACCAUCUCCUUCUCAAAGCCACCAUCAACUGACAUGGCCGGGGGCUCCCUCGCUCAGUUGACAGUUACUAAACCAGGGAGCCAGUUACUGGAAUCUGGAGCCUGCUCUGAGCAUGGCUACUCUAGCGAACUGGCCACGGGUCUGCAACGUCCUUUCCCCCACAGCUCGGCAGAGGAACGGUGUUGCAAUACCACCAGAGAGGAACUCUGCCGUACUGAUUAGUCCAGAGGUCCAUCUGGUCUCUGAGGGUGGCAAGGACCAAAUGCUUCAGAGUAUGGCACAAAACAGCCCAUAGCAGACAACUGGUCUCUAAGUGCCUAUAGGGGCCCGGCCCCGAGCCGCCCGCGCCUCUCCAGCAUGGAGCUGCUGGGCACCAACCUGUCCGCGCUGCCCCGCCCGCAGGAGUACGACUUCGAGCGGCACUUCGACGAGCUGCAGGCGAUCCAGUGGAUGCGGGAGAACUGGCGUAAAUCUUUCUCGUUCGCCUUGGCUUACAUGCUGCUGAUCUUCGGAGGCCAGCAUGUCAUGAAGCAGCGGAGAGGGUAUGACCUGCGCAAGCCACUGGUCCUUUGGUCGCUCAGCCUGGCCUUGUUCAGUAUCAUCGGCACCCUGAGGACGUGGGGGUACAUGGGAUUUGUCCUCUCCACCAGUGGAUUUAAGCGAUCUGUAUGUGAUCCAGGCUUCUAUAAUGGCCCUGUCAGCAAGUUCUGGGCAUAUAUGUUUGUCCUAAGCAAAGUACCAGAAUUGGGUGACACGGUGUUCAUCAUUCUCCGGAAGCAACGGCUCAUCUUCCUGCACUGGUACCACCAUGUCACGGUGCUGCUCUACACCUGGUACGCCUAUAAGGACAUGGUAGCCGGUGGCGGCUGGUUCAUGACCAUGAAUUACAGUGUCCACGCCUUCAUGUACUCCUACUACACAGUGCGGGCGGCAGGCUUGAGGGUGCCACGCCCGUUUGCCAUGGUGAUCACCUUUACCCAGAUCCUGCAGAUGGUGAUGGGCACAGCAGUGAACAUCAUGGCGUACUCCUGGAUGCAGGAUGGCAUCUGCUCCACCUCCUGGGAACAGAUCUUCUGGUCAUCCAUAAUGUAUCUCAGCUACCUAGUGCUCUUCUGCCACUUCUUCCACGAGGCGUACCUUAAGGGGAGGGGCAAAACAAAAGGGGACUGAAACUGGGGGAGGGGUGCAGCUGGGAGUUGCUGGGACUCUUACUCCCUAGGCUGUUGGCGCUCCGGCACGUUACAGGCCUGGUGUGAUGAUUGGGGGGGGGGGGAGGGGGGAGGAGGAACUGCUUGCUACCAGAACUUCAGCUGUUGGACCUAUGAAGAGGCAUUGGUAUCUGCCUCAGAGGGGGCUUCUCCCUGGGCGUUCCCGCCAAAGGCUGAGUGCUGUUUGCUCUGCCAUCUUUGGAGGGAUGGGGGAAGAGAACCGGAGAGGCUGUGAAUGCCAGAGAGAGGGUUGGAAGCGUGUCAAGAACCCAUUACUGAAUUUCAGGUUCUCCCUUUUCUGUCCCGCCAACCUGUCUCUCCCCCACCCCCCAGGGUUGUGUUGUGCGUCUCUGGCACAGAUCUAAUCUUCCAUUCGGUUCUUAAAGGCCAAACUUUCCUAAGGGUGAGGAGUGUCUGCUCCCUGGCAUGAGCUUCACACACAAGGGAUGAUUGCGUGCCUGUUGCACAAUGGCUGGCCAUGCCGGUUCUGCAGGAGAGGGUUGAGAGCCCAAGAUUGGGUGCUAUUGCCAGCUAGAGGGAGACCCUUGAAUUCAACAGCUCACUGGGGCAGGGGGUGGGGCAGGAGAUGGCAAUGGUGGCUGCAUUGAAUGGGAAAACACCCUAGUUUUCUCAAGUACCUAAAUCUUUCUCCUGCAAGGAACUGGUGGGGGGAGGAGGGGAGGUGCUAGUAACAACUGGGAAGCCAUGGUUGUCCUGAUUGGCUUAGAGUCCAGAGGGCUUGAACUAAGGAGUUGAAAGCUCACAGGUACUGACCUUAUAUUAAAGGGUCUCCUGCUCCCCCAAGCUAGCUGGCUUGACUUGGUAUUUCAUUUUUCUCUUGGAUGACAAGAAUCUUCCUCUUUUCUGGGUUAGAACGGUGAACACCAACUGGGGAAGAGGGGAAAGGGACAGUCCCCAGCUGACCCAGUACAUAUCUAGACUGCCUAGCUAGGGCAGAAUGAAGAUCCUCCCGAACCUCCCAGGUGCUAAUUGCAGGAGAUGAAAAGCCCUGGGACCUGCUGCUAAAAGCCAGAGCUCUAAGUAACUAGUUCAAAAAUUGAUCUCACCCCAGUGAUGGUCUCACUUAACUCCUCAUGACACUCACUUUGGUAUGAACAUGUGUGCCUGGGCUGCUGGCCUAGAUGUUUCCCCUCUGACAUCCUGCCGUUUGUGAUUACCUCGGCUUUUAAUAGUGGAUGGGCAAAGAUGGUGUUUAAAUCUGGCUUUGUGAUCCUGGAGCCGAAAUACUAAUGCUCCUCAUGAGACUGGAGGGGUUGUCCCCAAGCUGGACUUUGGAGUUAAAGUUCACUGGCUGCACUUUAAAAACCUGCUUUCCCCAUUGUGAGUACAGGGAACUGCUCCGACUGGAGUACUGGUAGAGCUGCUAAUCCCAGUAGGCCAAUUUAAAGCUCCUGAUGCUUUAUUAAUUGAGGUCUGUGUGCAGCACUGGGGCCUGGGUACCAGCCCCAGUUCUAACAGAUUCCCUCUGUAGCCUUGGGCAAAUCAUUUCACCAUGUUGUGCCUCAGUUUCCCCACCUGUAAAAUGGGGGAUGAUCCUGACCUACCUCCCAUGGAAUUUGAGGCUUAUUGUCUGUAAAGUGUUUUGAAGACUAACAUUGUGCAAAGACUUGUCACUGUGUAAUGCAGCCCCGCCCCCAGCUUUCAUCGCAGGAAUUGCCUCUUCUAGUCAAAGCACCUGUCUGUUUCAGGCAGCUGUGCUGCUGGAGGAGGCUGAAGCCGUGAUCACGAACUCCCAGGGGACACCAAGCCCAAAGCUUCUUUAUGUUGUAAAUAGUUGGAGGCAAGAGUGUUUUUUCCUCCUAAAAUCAAGAUGGGUAAAACCUGUCCCUUCGUGGCAUGCUGUGACUUGUGACUGAAGAUAACCAGCAUCCUCUUCCUUGAACAGGAAAAUAAAGGGUAAGAGUCCCUGGAGAAACAGCAAUGAGUGUUAAUGAAGCCAGGAAUCUUUGGAGUCCAGGUUCCCUUGCUAAGGCACUGACUCUGACAGCACUCUAGUAGCAUGUUUAAUCAGGCGUACGGAUUCUCAGGGUUUAAGCUGCUCUUUCUACUUCAAUUAAAUCAAUUUUACGCUUCCUCAUUCCUCAGCUGUUCCGCUGCUGACUUCCACUGCACCUUGGCAUAUGACCUCUUUCAGAUUCCCUGGUUGGAUGGCAAUUCUGCAAGAGAAUUCACCCCUUACUGGAGGGUGCUGAGCAGCUCCCACUGUGGUGAUCUCUGCAUGGGGCAAGCCUGUUCCAGAAACCCUUCCCCUUGGGACUUGCAUCUGAACACUGCAAAAGGGCUUUGGUGAUGCUAACUUUAACAGCAAUACAUUGAUUAUAACUAACGAGCAGGGCCCAGCUUAUUCUGCAGCAUCAAAACUUGCUGCUGUCUUUCCAGAAUUAUGCAGCCAAAUUGAAACUUUCAUUUUUAAGUUUCUGGGUGUUAAUUAUGAAGAAAACAUUUAUCUGAACUGAAUGUAGGGUGGUGCAGUACCGUCUGCCUCAGUCUACAGCCAGCCAAAGCAAUAGCUCUGAGUUAACGCCUUAUUUAGUGCGAAUGGAUGUACACUCUGAAAUCUACGGACAGCAGUUUAAAUGUCCAUUGGUCAGCAGUGUGAAAGUUAAUCUGGAAAAAAACUUCCCGCUAAACUACUUGUUCUGCAAUCCCAAAUUACCUUCCCUCCAGUUUCAUCCUACCCAGUUUCCAAGUGUCAGUUUCCUCUUGACAAUUGCCAAGUGGAGUCCUACAUCAUUCCGGAGCUCUGCAGCACAGGGCAAAGUGGGUGGCAGUGUAGAAUUAAAUAAGGAACACUAUGCUGAUUGUAUUAUUCAUAUUUAUAUUAAAUAGUAUCUGGUAAAUUAACUGAGGUUGCCGCCCCAUCAUCCCUGCCCCAGAGUUCUGCAGAAUCCAUCUCUAGCUUGCUGCAGUGUUACAUGGGACCUUGUAGAAGUGCUGAGUACCUAUGACUCCCCUCAGCUUCAAUGAGAUUUGCAGGUAUACCCAUCCCCGAAGACCAGGGCAAACUGUAGAAAGGUUGGGAAGAAGCUGUCUGGGUGUCACUGGGUGUUUGUCCUGGUUGUUACAAGACUUGCAAAGCAGCCAACAGCAAAGAAAUGUAAAUGUCUCUGAACCAGAUCUGCAAAUCCACUCCAACUGUUUCUGUGAUAUGUGAAUUUGCUUAAUAAAGUGUGUGGUUUUUAUCACUC